AUGGACAUCACGGACACGGAUAUGGACACCAUCACGGACAUCAUCAUCCUCACCACGGACAUCAUGGUCAUGGAUAUGGACAUCACCACGAUGGUCACCACCAUCAUCCUCACCAUGGACAUCAUGGACACCAUGAGCUGCACCAUGGACAUCAUCAUCACCCACAUCACCAUCAUGGACACCACGAUCAUGGGUAUGGACAUCAUCACGAUCAUCACCAUCAUGCCCUGCAUCACCACCAUGAUCAUGAUCAUGGCUAUGGACAUCACCACGGACAUCAUCAUCCUCAUCAUGGUCAUCACGGACACCAUGAGCUCCACCAUGGACACCACCACGGUCAUCACGAUCAUGGCUACGGACAUCACCACGACAUCA